AAAGCCUCUCUCUCUCUCUCUCUCUCUCUCCUCUCUCUUUCUCUCUCAUCAGUUCUUUCUCUCUGGUUUAGGGUUUCCUCUUUCGCUCUGUAAUUAUCCUUUCCCUAUUAUCUCUGUUUUCAUGGUACAAGGAGGAGGAGAAUGUCGCUGAUGAGCCUUCGUCUUCGCUGUAGAUUCUUCAAUUCCCACCUCCAGCUACUUUCUAGGUCAACCAUGGCGUAAAAUCGGCCUUUUCUUUUCUAUUUUCUUCCUGUGGUGGCAGUACUGGUAUAGAAAUGUACCAUGUUCCAGAACACGGAACUGAUGAGAAUUUAAUGAUUCAAAGUAUGGAACCAAACAUGCAUUUGACUAGUCCAUUCGAACAAGUUGAAGCUAUGUACAGCGAAGGAGCCCCCGAGUUUGUUGUUGAUCAGGGCUUGUUUUAUCCCGCUGCCACCAGCUAUGGAUAUUACUGUACAGGAUUCGAGUCACCCGGAGAAUGGGAGGACCACAAUAGAGUUUUUGGUGUAGAUGGUCCCGAUAUCCAGUACACGGGUGCACAAAGUGAAAGUUUGCCUUAUGUAUAUUAUACACCUACCUAUGGAUAUGCACAGUCUCCAUACAACCCAUACAAUCCUUACAUCCCUGGUGCUAUGAUAGGAGUUGAUGGCCCUUCUGUAGGGGCACAGCAGUACUAUUCCGUUGCCCCUUAUCAGAAUGCUGUUUCUUCACCGGCUUAUAUUCCAGUUGUGUUUCAACCAGACAUGAUUCCUAAUAGUUCUUCUGAAUCCCUGAUUGAUGCUGGAGCCUCAACUAAUAGGCCUGAUGGUAGAGGGUCAAAGCAUAGCUUAAGUUCAACUUCUGGAGCCUUUCCUAACUUUACGAAACCUACAUCACAUGCAAAGAAUUCAUUUACAAUGAUAUCAGAAGGGUCCAAAUCUAAUGCUGGACCAAGCAAGCAAGCUUCAGCAAAUGGAAGUGUUUCUACUGGUCGUUUUCCAUCUUCAGCUUCAUCACAUGUUUUUCAGGGUAGAAGUUCCUCUGGCUCAAUUCAAGCUGUAGACAAACUCCCAAAUGGAAAAAUUCCAACUCAUAAUAACCAGUUGAAAGUAGCUAUCCCUGGUACUAGUUUAUCUGACUUUGGAUCUAGUAAUCAUGGACGGGGUACAAUGGCUAAAGUCCAACCAAAAGUGCCUGUUGGCAGAUCCUUGAACGAUGCUAAUAGUGGCCUGGAUUCUUUGAGUGAACAGAAUCGGGGCCCCAGAAUCAACCGACCAAAAAAUGAAUUGCCUGUUAAAGCAUACACAUCCAGGGCAGGUGGUACUAAUGCACAAGAAAACAUUAUUAUUUAUACUGAUCAGUACAACAAGGAUGAUUUCCCAGUUGACUUUACAGACGCAAAGUUUUUUGUAAUAAAGUCUUACAGUGAGGAUGAUGUGCAUAAGAGCAUUAAAUAUAAUGUUUGGUCAUCUACGCCCCAUGGCAACAAGAAACUAAGUAGUGCUUAUGAAGAUGCUCAGAGAAUAGCUGCAGGGAAACCUAGAGGCUGUCCUAUCUUCCUUUUCUUCUCGGUUAAUGUGAGUGGUCAAUUCUGUGGUGUUGCUGAGAUGGUCGGUCCGGUUGACUUCAAUAAGGAUAUGGAUUUUUGGCAGCAAGAUAAAUGGAGUGGUAGCUUCCCUGUUAAGUGGCACAUUAUUAAAGACGUCGCUAACACCAGCUUAAGGCACAUCAUAUUGGAGAACAAUGAGAACAAACCAGUGACCAAUAGCAGGGAUACGCAGGAGAUCAUGUAUAAGAAAGGCCUUGAGAUGUUGAGAAUUUUCAAGAAUCACACACUGAAGACUUCUUUACUUGAUGACUUUGUGUACUACGAAAAUCGUCAGAAAAUUAUUCAGGAAGAGAAAGCCAGUUUACUUGUUAGGAGUUUUCACAGUCCAUUCUUUAUACCGGCAUUGGGUCCACCUCGCAAGCUGAACUGUGUUGUUGAGCUGCCUCCGAGUAAGGUAGAUAAUGCUUACAAACCUAGUUAUGAACCGAACAGCUCAAAGAAGACAGUUAUCACUGCAUCAGAGCAGGCUUCUUCUCAGUCUAAUAUCACCAACACAAACAUAAGAAAUGAACAUCCUGAUAAAGGUGGUGUCGAAGCAAAAGACGAUGCAUCUACCUUUAAAAUCGGUUCAUUGAGUAUCAACCCGAAGGCUUCUGAUCUUAUAUCUUCAGUUGGCACCACCAGCACUGUUGCUGCUAGUACAGAACCUUUCAGUGUCACAGUUGGCUCAGUACCUCUUAAAUUUAAUGGGGCUUCUGAAUCUUCCGGUAUUUUAACAGUUGGGACUAUUCCGCUCGAUCCGAGGGCCUUACUAUUUGAUAAAGGAGGAGGUGGUGCACUUGCCAAAAGGGGUUCUCAACAGAAAUGAUGCAGAGUUUUUUCACAACUUUUAACAUUUUAUGGAAGUUAUUUUGUUUUUGUGUUUUCUGCAGGGUCAAUGGAAAUGGAAAUCUGAGUGUAAUCAUACUUACUCAGACAUAGUUAUAGGCAAGGGUAAAACUGAAAUACUGAGUUUGACAUUCCUUUUUUUGUUUUUUAUUUUUAUUUUUGGGUCCUCCUGUUUGUUUUUUUUUUUUUUUUUGCUUCAGUUGUUUCUUUCUUUCUGGUCCAGACUGACACCGAUGAUGUUUUUCUUGACCUUUUUUUUUCUUUUUUGGGGAGGGCCUUUGUUGCCUCUGAUAUCAAAGUGGAAAUACACAUGUUCUUAUCUUUUCUUCACCAAA